AGAUCAUUACUGCUGAACCGUGUCAGCGGGUCGGAUUUUCCACUUUCAGCUCGUCCGUGGCCGCCGGAGCGGAGAAAAUACACCUGCUCCCACGGAAAACACGGGAAACCCAGAACAUGCGGAACAUGCGGAGCUGCUGCUGCGAGAGCGCUGCAAACUUUCCUCCGUCUCCCGGUGCGUGAGGACGAAAACACCAGCGCCGUGCAGGAGUCCGCGGAAAAACUAAUGCUGCUGUUCAACUUUCUCCAUACACGACAGUAAAAAAAAAAAAAGCUGGUCCUUGACCAGUUUCUGUCGUGUUUUUUUUGUUGGAAAUAUCACGUUUUUUGUGUUUUUUCUUUCUUCCUCAGAGUAAACUGCAGACAGAAGCGAGUAGCGGACCGCACAGGCGGCGUUUUCACCAGCAGGUACGUCAUCUCUAUGAGCCAGCUGGAGGUUUAAAACUGUCACGGUUCUUGGUUUGAGGCGCAAUGCCGGGCGCUGCUGAUAUGAUCAACCUGGGCUUCCUGUCUGACUCUGAGCGGGAGCUGAUCUUGGAAGUUCUGCGACGGGAUGAGGAGCUGAGGCUGGGGGAGGAGCAGCGUGUCCGGAGGCUUAAGACGGAGUUGCUGGAAGUCAAGAGGAGAGGAGCCAAACGCGCCAGUGGAAAGUACAGUCAGCGCAGUUGUGGCCGAUGCCAGGAGCCUCUGAGCCGUCUAUUGAUUUCUGCCAGUCAGUGUAAGAUGUGCAACCACCUAGUCUGCAGCAAUUGCCGAACAACCCUGCCUAAUGGAUCCUGGCUGUGCAACGUGUGUACCAAAGAAUCGAACAUGAAGAAAAUGACAGGUGACUGGUUCUAUGAUCAAAGGACCAACCGUUUCUCCGCAACUCCUGGACACGACCUUGUGAGAGUCUCCCUGAAAAAGAGGCCGCAGAUAAAGAAACGUGAAACAAUGGGAGAAGUGCUCUUGAGAAGUGCUGAAAAAACCCCAGAUCCUCCCAAACCUGUGCCUCUGCCCAGGCAGAAAAGCCAACCAGUUGACAAAAGUAAUUCAAGCGAUCACUCUGGAUCCAUCGCUUCCAGUGAAUCUCUCGAGUCAAACAGCAUUGUCCCAUCUAAGCCGAGCCACAGCGACACAGAGUCUGCAGAAAAAUGCAGCAUAGUUAGCAGUAAAACUGAGACUGAAUCUGGCCGUGUGACUCCUGAACAACCAAGGACGGAUCUCCAGUCUGCUCCUCCCAGUCCAGCAGGAUCCAGUGUCUCCAGUCUGACUGUCCCAGUCAAAGCAGAUAUCGUCAGCGCUGAAAAAGACAACUGGGAUACCAGUACAGCUGUGGAGGUAAAAGCAGAACCUCUGAGCCCAGAGCUUGAUGUUGAUAAACUCUUCAAGAAAAGCAUCAAGCGAGCCCCAAAACCUGCAGAGUAUGUGUCAACGCUGGAUCUUCGCGACGGAUGUGAAACAUCACAAGUCUCAAUGGGCAACAGAAGUCGCUCUGUACCAGGCUUAGAUGCACAGGAUGAAGAGGAGGAGGAAGAUAUUGACAGCUUGGUCAGCUUUCAUAAAAGUACGAUGGGUUUGAGCACAUCCAGCAUGCGAAGCUCAAAGAGCACACUGGGAAGCUUGAUGAGCAUUUACAGCGACUCAGGAGACUUUGACAGUGUUGACAUCAGCGGAGAUGUUACUUUCUCCAUUGUCUACGACGAGCACACGCAAACCCUUCAGGUCGUCAUCAAGGAGUGUCACAAUCUGGCUUACGGCGAUGCUUCACGGAAGGUCACCAACCCUUAUGUUAAAUGUUAUCUGCUCCCUGACAAAUCCCGCCAGAGCAAGAAGAAGACCACUAUCAAGAGAAAGACUGUCAACCCCAUCUACAAUGAAACAUUAAAGUACUCCAUCAGCCGUUCCCAGCUGACCACCCGCUCCAUGCUGAUAUCAGUCUGGCAUCACGGCCGCAUCAGCCGCAACGCUUUCCUGGGAGAGGUGGAAGUCUACCUGGACUGCAGAGACCUCGACUCUCCAGACGAAGAGCAGGCACCUCUCAGGGGGAAGGCAGGUUCAGUUGUGCCAGUUUCUGCGUUUGCUCAGUACAAAGGAGAGCUGGUGAUCUCACUUAAAUAUAUCACACCUAAAAUGACAACAUCUAAGAAAAUCAAAGGCAAAAAAUCGGCACCGGAGGUUGGAGGAGAGCUGCAUGUCCUGAUUAAGGAGGCAAAGAAUUUGAUGGCAAUGAAACCUGGUGGCACAUCUGACAGCUUUGUUAAAGGGUACUUGUUCCCUUCGAAGGCUAAGGAUACAAAGAAGAAGACUGCAGUGGUGAAGAAAAGCCUGAAUCCCCACUAUGACGCAACGUUUGUGUACAAGGAGCUGGCUCUGGAGCAGCUGAGGGGGAUGUGUCUGGAGCUGACUGUGUGGGACAGGGAGGCCAUGCUGGCCAAUGAAUUCCUGGGAGGAGUCCGCCUCAGCUCCGGAAAAGGGUCCGCAAUGCUCGGAAAAGAGGAGGUGGAAUUGGACUCGGUUGGAGAGGAAGUCAGUCUGUGGCAGAAAAUGAUGCAGUACCCUGACUCGUGGGCAGAGGGCACUCUGCCGCUGCGCUCCACCAUGGGAAAGGCAAAGGGUAAAUAAAGACUGCAAAGAACUAAAGCCCUCAAACGAUCCAAAGGCCGAAGGGAUGAGUCGUUGUUCCCUCAGAAACAAACAGGAGACAUUUGAUACAUUUUGUUCUGCAAGUUUAUCUGACCAGAAGCUUGUCCGCUAAAGUGACUCGUCAAACGGGUCACUGGACUCUCUAUAAGGGAUUCAUCUUUACGUCUCUACUUCAGUGCCUGCAGACCUAUUUUACUAUUAAAAAUGGGCCAACGCAUCACAACACUAAGUUAGUUUAGAAGAUCACUGACACUUCUUGU